AUGAUCUACUAUGACCGACAGUUUCUCUAUCACUCAACCACUUCCGACGGUUGUCGCUACAAAUGCAUCUUUGCAAACACCACCCAACAUCUCAGUCGAGGCGAUGCAGCCGUCUUUUCAAACCAGUUUCCUGUUGAAGAAGGCAUCAGCCUCAAAAAACGGGGUGUUUUCGUCACCUUCGAGACAGGCGAAAGUCCUCUCCACGCCCCCGCUCUCCUCCCUGAACACCUAGACCAAAUCGAGCUAGUCAUUACGUACAUGGCCAAAUCUCCGGUGCCCUAUAUAUACUCCAUAUUCGUGCGGAAUAGGAAUCCGAGGUAUGCAUUCACCGCAGAAGAAGCCGCACUUAUGCUGUCCAAGAACUACGUGCAUCUACUGCCCCCUCAUCAUCGGAGCAGGAGGAAGAUGAUUGCCUGGGCCGUCUCCAAUCACCACGCCAAGAAUAACAGAGCUGAGUAUGCAAGUGCGAUUGCCAAAUUCAUUCCCGUGGAUAUAUACGGCCGCAACGGAUUGAAGUUUCCACCAAAUGUCAAAACGUUUCAUUUUCUAUCGCUAAACUACAAGUUCUACCUCUCUUUUGAGAAUUCCAACUGUCGCAAUUACAUAACGGAAAAGGUCUACUUCAACGCCAUGCAACACGACAUGAUUCCCAUUGUACUUGGUGCCUUCAAGGCCGACUACGAAAGUGCAUUGCCUCCGCACUCGUACAUUAAUGUGGAUGACUACAAGUCGGUUCGUGAAUUGACCGACUACUUGCUCCACUUGGAUGGAAACGACACCGCCUACGCAGCCUAUUUCGCCUGGAAAGAGCAUGGGAAAUUUCUCGGCCAGUUGGGACAGAUCAUGCAAUUCGAGUGUCAUCACGUGCCUACUUGCCUGCCCGCCGGUCUGCCUGCCUGCCUGCCUGCAUGCCUGCAUGCAUCGCCAAUUGUCAUGAGCUGGGAUCCAUGUUUCAUUGUGCAUGUGUGCGCGCGUGCGUGUGUGAUCUGCAUCCUGUCGAACUCUCAACUACACAAGCGAAGAGGUGAGGACUUUGGAGAUUGCCCGAUCUUCGUUGACAGGACCGAGGCUUGUGGGCAGAUGCUGAGGAAGAAAUCGACGUAG